CCUACUGGCUGGGUGUUACGAAAGGGCUGUGCUGCGGAGAGAGCCUGCCCUGUGCCUGCAGUCGACAGCCCCCUUGGCGGGGCCCCAGCCCCAGCGUGUGAGGUUAUGUAAGGAGCUUUUAGUCCAGUUUCCUGGUUUCCGCAGCUCCAGCCCUCUGAAUGCUCGCAGAACGUACGAGCCAGCCAAUGAGAGCACAUCUUAGACCGCUGCUCACACGCGCACACAUGCUGAGAGAGAGACACACACACACACCCCACGGUACACCACGCGUUCAGACAGCCGGACAAACACAGCAGAUAGGGAGUUAGAGGAGACAGAGAGAGAGAGAGAGAGACGGCAGACAGUCGUUGUGUAACAGAAGUGAGAAGAAACCGAGGAAGAUAAGACAAAGUGUUCAUAGUUGGGGGAGGACGAAAAGAAAAGAGGAAUUAGUUAUUGCCUUAUCAAGUGCCAUUUCAGACUCUCACCACCAAACUGGUGUGUGUGUGGGGGGGUCCAGUCUUUGGCAGAAAGAAAGACUCGUCUGGAGAACAAAGCAACAAGCCUCGGACCAAACAGAAGAACCAGAGACCACAACAGAGACCGAAAGAGCGAGUGCGGUUAGGAGGGUAGAGAGGAGAGUAGUCUGUUAGUUAACCAGUAAGACUACUAGAGUCUCGACUUUUUGUCCCAGAGUGCUCCGACACACCAGAACCGGCAAACUCAGAACAGCCAUGCUGCUGCUGGAUGAAGCCGACGCGCUCACAGACCAGCCAAAGAGUGCUGCGUUCAGCUCGGAGAAUGAAGCUCAGGGUGGUGACUCCUCGGGGUGGCAGUGCAUGCCCCCGUCUACCUCACCCUCCGGCGAGGCCCCGUCGCAGCCAGCCUCGGGGCCCCCCGCCCGGGCCCCAGCCCACAGCCACAGCCCCCCAGCACUGACCCUCAGUGGGACCAAGAAGAGGAGUUCCAAGCCUGCACACCUAAGAAGGAACAUCAGGAAGUUGCUGCGUGAGCAUCAGCUGGAGGCAGGUACCAAAGCGGCCCAGCUGGAGGAGCUAGAGAGGCGAAAUCGCCUGCAGGAGCUGCAGAGGAAAGACUUCCCACUGCCCUCUGCCUACUCACAAACACCAGGAGAUUCGUCUCUGUGUGCCAGUGCGCAGGUAUCCAAACGGGAGCUAAUCUGUCUAGACAGCAGCACUGGCAGCUCUAAAGCCAGGAGAGAGCAGGAUGCCAAAUCACGACUCUCCGCACCCACCAUUAAAGAAGAUGUGAUUGUGCUGAGCUCCAGUGAAGACGAUGCCCUCCACAGCAGCAGAAGACGAGCGGCCGCCGUGGAGGAAGAUGAUGAUGAGGAGGAAGAGAUUGAGGAGGAGGAAGAAGAGGUGGUGCCCGGCACAGAGGAGAUCUGCGGAGCGCACGCCAACGACAGCCUAAACCAGCCGGACGCCCAGGGACGGGUCCUGGUCAAUGUUAAUCAUCCGGCCGAGGAGGCGGACCUCUUCCUCUCCCCACAGCUUGCCAGAGUGGUCAAGCCCCAUCAGAUCGGUGGUAUCCGGUUCCUGUAUGACAACCUGGUGGAGUCGCAGGAGCGCUUCAAGAGCAGCAGUGGUUUCGGCUGCAUCCUGGCCCACAGCAUGGGGCUGGGCAAGACGCUGCAGGUCAUCUCCUUCAUAGACAUCCUGCUCAGACACACCGGGGCGCACACCGUCCUCGCCAUAGUCCCUGUGAACACUCUUCAGAACUGGUUGUCAGAGUUCAAUAUGUGGGCGCCUCCUGCUGAGGCCCUGCCCCCUGAUACAGACCCUGCCCACGUCGCCCCACGCACCUUCAAGGUCCACAUCCUCAACGACGAGCACAAGAGCACGGCCGCCCGUGCCAAGGUGGUGGAGGACUGGCAUCGUGACGGGGGCGUGCUGCUGAUGGGCUACGAGAUGUACCGUCUGCUGUCCCUGAAGAAGAGCUUUGUGGCGGGCCGCAAGAAGAAGGCCAAGAAGCCCUCAGGACCCGUGGUCAUCGACCUGGACGAGGAGGACAGACAACAGGAGCUGCUCAAAGGUAUCGAGCGUGCCCUGUCACAGCCAGGCCCGGAUGUGGUGAUCUGCGACGAGGGCCACCGCAUCAAGAACUGCCACGCCAGCACCUCGCAGGCCCUGAAGGGCAUUCGCACCCGGCGCCGCGUGGUGCUCACGGGCUACCCGCUGCAGAACAACCUGAUCGAGUACUGGUGCAUGGUGGACUUUGUGCGGCCCGACUUCCUGGGCACGCGGCAGGAGUUCAGCAACAUGUUCGAGCGACCCAUUCUGAACGGGCAGUGCGCGGACAGUACGGUGGAGGACCUGCGGCUCAUGCGCUACCGCAGCCACGUGCUGCACAGCCUGCUGGAGGGCUUCGUGCAGAGGCGGGGUCAUGACGUGCUGCGUUCCCAGCUUCCAGUGAAAGAGGAGCAUGUGAUCCUGGUGCGUCUGUCUCCCCUGCAGAGGGCGCUCUACACCGAGUUCAUGAGUCGCUUCAGGGAGGCCGGCAACAGCGGCUGGCUCAGCCUCAACCCCCUCAAGGCCUUCUGCGUCUGCUGCAAGAUCUGGAACCACCCUGACGUGCUGUACGAGGCCUUGCAGAAGGAGAACUUGGCCAGUGAGCAGGACUUGGACCUGGACGACAUCACCACCAACCAGGCGGCAGCGCGCUGCCCGGCGCCCCAGCCCAAGGGGAAGGCACCCAGCGAGGUGGCCAGCAGCAUGGGAGGCCUCAGCCUCACCGCCCUCCAGGAGAAGGCCAACCAGGUCAUCUCCUACGAAUGGGCAAAGGACAUCAUGGCCGACUACGAGCCUGGAAUACUGGAGAACUCUGCCAAGAUGGUCUUGCUAUUUCACCUUAUCGACGAGAGCGUUCGGAAUGGAGACAAGAUUCUGGUUUUCAGUCAGAGCCUGUCUACACUGUCGGUGAUUGAGGAGUUCCUGGCCAAGAGGCAGAUUCCCGACAACAAGUACUCCACCCCUGGCCAGACCUGGGUGCGCAACGCCAACUACUACCGUUUGGAUGGAAGCACGUCAGCGUCUGAACGGGAGAGACUCAUCAACCAAUUUAACGAUCCAGCCAACACCUCAGCCUUGGUCUUUUUACUCUCUACUAGGGCUGGCUGUCUGGGGGUGAACCUGAUUGGCGCUAACCGUGUGGUGGUGUUCGACGCCUCCUGGAACCCGUGCCACGACGCCCAGGCCGUGUGCCGCGUCUAUCGCUACGGGCAACGCAAGCAGUGUCACAUCUACCGGCUGGUGUGUGACUUCACCCUGGAGAAGAAGAUCUACGACCGGCAGAUCUCCAAACAGGGCAUGUCAGACCGCGUGGUGGAUGACAUGAACCCGGUGCUGACGUUCACGCGGCGUGAGGUGGAGUCCCUGCUGCACUUCGUAGAGGAGGAGCCAGAGCCAGCCGAGUCGGCCAAGCUGCUGCAGCCUGGAGAGGACAUGGAGCUGGUCAUCAAACACGCCUGCCAGCGCUACCCUCACCUCAUCACCAAGCAACCCUUCCAUCACGAGUCUCUGCUGAUUGACCGGCGGGAUCUGAGGUUGACAAAGUCAGAGAAGAAAGCUGCUAAGAAGGGCUACGAGGAGGAGAAGCGGGCGUCUGUGCCCUACACCCGCCCCUCCUACGCCCACUACUACCCCGCCAGCGACCAGAGCCUCACCAACAUCCCCGCCUUCAGCCAGCGCAACUGGCGUCCUCCAGCGCGGACAGAGGAGAAGCCGCUGGCCAGCGUGCGUCCUGUCCAGUCCACACCCGUUCCCAUGAUGCCCCGGCCGGCCACCCAGGGCUCAGCUCCCGCCCCCGCACCAAACUUCCCCGUCAAUCAUCUGCAGAAGGCCGGAGUACUGGUCCAGAAGAUAGUCACCACCACCGACAUGUUCAUCCCGGGUACCAACAGCACUAAAGACACCCAGACCCGCAUCUCCGCUGGGGAGAGCAUCCACGUCAUCAGAGGAACUAAAGGGACUUACAUUAGGACCUCUGAUGGAAGGAUCUUUGCAGUGCGUGCUGCAGGCAAGCCCAAACAGCCAGGGGACGGGGACGCAGCCACAGCUAAAGCCGCUGCACACCCUGACAAAGAGGCCUUAAGUGGCGCCAUGAACGGCAGCGGAUCUCCAGAUCGCAAGAGAGCCGCCGCCGCAGACGGGGCCUCGGGCGACCUGCUGCCCCGGCCCCUCUCUCCAGACGGCCCAGAGAUCCUGAGCGAGCUCCAGUGCUUGAUGAAGCCCCAGCAGCCCACUGCCACGCCCGGAGCCACCCAGGAGAACGGAGCAGGAGAUGGGGCACCCCUUGUCAAGCCUGUCCCUGUACCCCAAAAGCAUACCACCCAGUCAGAUGACGAUCAAGAUGCCUCUGCGCCCCUAGACCUGCGUGGUGGUGGUGGUGGUGGUGGUGCAUCAAAACGCAAGCGUUCCCCUCCUGCUGCGGAGAAGUCCGAGGCUGACCAGCCAUCUGCGGCCAAGCGGAGCUCUGGGCUGCUCCAGCCCCCGGUGUACCCCUUUGGUGCAGGGCCGUACGGGCUGAACCCCGCUCUCAACCCUGCCCUCAACCCCUCCCUGCUGGGCCCCAUGUGCCACCCCCUCUUCAUGGGGCCCGGUUCGCCCUACGCUCCCCUUGCCGACCCCCGCCUCAUGUUCCCCAUGGGCCCUGAUCCCUUUGCAUCCUCUCCCUCCCCCUGCUCCUCCUCAUCCUCCUCCACCUCCUCUCUCUCCACCACCAACACCAAAACCACACCAUCCUUCUCCUCCUCCUCCUUGUCUGGCUACACCCCUUCCACCUCUCCCCCUACCUCCACCUCCACCAACACCAACACCACCGAUUCCCAUCCCUCCAUCCCUCCGUUCCUGCUGCGGCCAGGCAUGGUGGGCAUGUUGCCCCCGGGCUUCCCCCUGCCUUACGGCCAGGCCCUGGGCAUGUACCCCAGCUCCCUGCUCCCCGGCGGCCUGCCCGCCGCCACCCCGGGCCCCGCUGGCACCAGCUUCCUGUCCCGCUUCCCCUCCUCCAAUCCACUGGGGCCCGCGCUCAACAACACCCCGCCACUAGGGGGAGAUAACGACAGCAGUAGCAGCAGCAAUGGCAGCAGGGAUGGGGCAGGCCACAUGGAUGAGCGUGAUGAUGAUGUCAUUGAGGUCAUGGGCCAGUAAGGGGACAUGAGGUGGGUGGAGGGAUGUCCUUUGGCAAAUCCUGGUGAGCAAGAAGGUAGCGGCGUAGUUGACAAUGUAGGGUAGAGAACAAUCAUCAAAAUUAAGCAACAAAAAAGAAAAUGAAAAUCAACUACAAACUGACUGAGCUGCCGGUUUUCUGCUCGCAGACUUUGUGACCCCCUUUUGACAUGGCUCCGAUCUCAACAGCCGAAGCUGAGAAUGUGAAGCAGCAGUGCGACUGGACUAGUGGAAAAGCGACAAAUCCUUAUGCUGUAUAUCUUAUUUAAAGAGAGGAGGAAGGAAGAAGAGACUGAGACGGGAGGGAGAGAGAAGAGAGAGCCACUGGGCUUCCAGUAAUGCUUGUGCUACACUCUGUGUGUAGUAAGACAGACUUGCAGUCGGUCCUGACUUGGGGAGGGAGGGAGGGGGAGAGAGCAGCAACUUGCUUCCUGCUCUGAUGGAGUUCAACGUCAAUUUCUUCAACUGUUUGCAUUUUUCUAGCAGGUGGUAGUAGAUGGUAGAGAACAUUAGGCAAUCCGGUAGAAUUUAGGACAGUAGUAAUGAUGCCUGUUUGGUUGGAGGAAAAACAAUAUUGUUGAUUGUUUUUUGAUUGAUUACUGUUAUUAUUGCUACUACUUUAGGCAUUUUAGAAAUUCAUAUGAUCAUAAAUCAUAAUUGAUUACAAUCUUUCCCAUUUUCCCCCUCAGGAUUACAUGAGGGGACUUAAAUUUGAAUUGAAUUCUUUCAAUCUUUUUUUAUUACUGAAAGUUGGCAGUGGGAAAAAUGGGGGACGGUGCAAAGAAUUCACAGGCAGGGCUGAAGAUUAUAUAAAAAAGACUAACAUGACGGCAAGAAAUGAAAACGAAAUGUAACAAAAACCUUAAACAAAACGAAUGUAUCAUUAUUUGCGCCUUUAAAAACGCAGUGUUUGCGAGCACAGGCCUUAGAGACAUUUGACUGAAGACCAUUUGAUACUCUAAGUUUUUUGUUCUUCUUGUUGUGUUUUUCUAAUGUAAUGUUACUGUGGUACCGUCUUUGGUGUCAAAAACUAGCAGCCUGAACAUCGCACACAGACAGUGGAAAUGUCCUUGAGAAUAAUGUGUAUCAAGAUAUUUUUCCGUUUGUCGUACCUCAGCCUUUAACUCGACUCGACGAAGGUAUAAAAAAAGACAUCAACCCAACCAAGAGUUGUUUUCGGAUGAAUGCUGUGGGUGUUCAAUGCCUUGCCGCUGCGUCACUUGAAUGUCCUUGUGGAAGCUGAGGAACCCCCAAGCAGACGUUUCCUCUCUUCACCCACCCACCCACCAUAGUCUUAUCAGAGCUGAGCUUGUUCGUCUGUACAUAGUACUACCACCAGUAGAGCUAUUUAAACUGUUGGUCAAGUGUUUCACUCUGCAUCAUCUGUAGUUCGAACUGUCAUCUGUCUGUCUGUCUAUCUGUCUACAUUCAGCAUCACCAGAAAGGCUAUCUCAACCUCUAGAGCCCUAACUGUUGUAUUGUUUUGUGUAACACCAACACUGAAAAUUCUAUCAAGAUCCAAAAUAAUACAGGGGUGAGUUUCUCAAAAGAGAAGUUGUUAGCCUGUUAGCAACUUCGGUAGUUGCCAAUGGGAAAAUGCAUUGAAAACAGCAAAGUAACUACUGUAGUUAGCAACUUUGGUUUUGAGAAAUUCACCCCAGGGUUGUAGUUGCUCCAUACCAAAAACAACAAAAUGGCACCAAUAUCUCCAAUUUGAAAGAAAGGACAAUUCUGAAAAAAAAAAAAAAAACAAAUUGCCAAAAUGAUGCUUACGGCCCUCUUCUAUCUCCUGCUACUGGAGUGUUUUCGAAAAGCGAGACCAAACUAUUUACUCCAUACUUGAAAAGUGAAUUUCAAGGAUUGUAAAGAAAUGAUUAUUAAGAGGAAGCCAAUGGCAAGGAUUUUAAGGCAACCGAGAAAAACAAGAGCAACAGUAAAGUACAAAUUGGGUGAUGUGUGUGGCAAUCAGUCAUCUUACCAAAUACUAAAAUGAGAUAAUGUUAGACAAUUACUCUGUUUGACUUACAGCAAAGCAACUCGCAGUUCAUUUGUUUCAUGGUCUGUACAAAAACAAGCAUUUUAACAAAAGCUUUUGGUAGUUCCUGACGUGUGCUUUUACAGAUAAGUGUGACUUAUAAGUUUCUCAUGCGUGGUGGAUCAGGGGCAUUGCUUCAGUGCGUGGCAUCAUUGCUUUGCUGUGUUUACAAAUGCCACCCAGUUUCUGCCCUUUGCCCACUUCCUCCCUGUUUGCCCUCCUGUGUGCGAGAGGGAGGAGUCUUCUGUCCCUCUGAUUCCAUUGGUCGAUUGACAUCUAGACGCAAGGAGAAGAAUCAUUUGGCCUCCUGUUUCACUGUAACCUAAAGAUUGAAACAUUCUAUUGAAGAAUUUUUCACUUUUCAAACUGUUUCUUUGACUUUUUUGUACUUACGUUGUUGGUUUACCUGUGUUUGUUAGUCCUCUCUUUUUUUGUCUGAGGUUUGACAAUUUACCAAAUUUAAUUUAUUUAUGACAUUUGCAUAUUUAUUCAUUUGUAUUUUUUAUUUUUGUACUUUUUUAAAAUUGGGGGAUUUUUUUAUUCUUGGUGGCUGAAUGCCUCUGCUCUGACGCAAUAGUGGCGUAGUAAGGAGUUUAAUGUGUUUGUAUGACCUUCUGACACGAAGUCAGACCUGGACCAAUGUGAGAAAUGCAGUGCCGUGGAUUAUUGGUCUUUGUGACCCCGCAUCUAUCCCCACUGCACAUGCUCAGAGCGAGGGUGUGACGUUCAGUGCCCCUGAACACCUGUGAUGUCAUUCCUGGUGGCCAAAAUCCCUCAACUGUUCAGUUUUUUGUUCUGUUUUUUUCCAUCUGGUUUCUGUUUGUUUUUAAUUACGACUUUUGUUUCAUUUCAUUUUUGCAUUAUUUCAUAGCUAUCUACUUGAAGAGAAGUAUUUAUUUGUUUAUAGGAGGGGUUGGUAGCUGAACAGGUAGCUGCUCUACAUUUUGUUUGGAGAAUUCGGACUAAGUUGAGGUAAAUUUUUAAAAAUCAAGCUGCUGAGAGUCAGGUGGCCUGUUCUGGAAAAACUCCAUUCAUACUGACCUGUGUCACGUCGGCUCUUCAAUUCAUUCUCUGUUUUUCUUUACCUUUUUGAAAGUUUGUGAAUAAAAACAAAUUUAAUGUU